GCCCUUUUACUUUUUAGCUCCUUCCUUUCCUAGUCCACUUUCAAACUUCUGAAUCCCCCUUUUUGAAUUGUAGAACAACAAAGAGACAGAAACACACAUCACAAUCUCUAUCUCUUUUCCCUCCACUCAACUUUCUCUCUGUCUUUUCUUCUCAUUGCUAUUGCUAUGUUCUUUCCACUUUCUGACUAGUUCAAUUUAAAUCCUUUUUGCACCCUUCUGUUUUUCGUACACCCCCUCAAAAGUUUCAUUCCAAAAAGUGAUUUUUAGCAUGAAAGUUUGCAUCUUUGACUAGUUUUUGUGAUCUUCUUCUUCUUCUUUCUGUUAAUGGGUUUGAUCUUCUCUGGUUGAAUUUUGUUUUUUCAGAAAGCUUCAGUUUUGGGCUGUUGCAGAAGAAAAAUUUGGUGAAAGUGGUAGCUAACUAGCUAUGGUUGCUGAAGCUUGGAUUUUGAAGAUGGGUAACCAGGUAAGUGCAAAUAUUAAACAAGCCCUUCUUCUUGAAACUUCUUCUACUAGUAGAAAACAUGGUCCUAAAAAGAAAGAUAAUAAGAAAGUAACUAUAGGGAUUCUUUCUUUUGAAGUAGCUAAUGUAAUGUCUAAAACUAUUCACCUUUAUAAAUCAUUGUCCGAGUCUGAGAUCACAAAGUUAAGGAAUGAGAUCUUGAACUUAGAGGGUGUUAGAAACUUGGUUUCUUCAGAAGAGGGUUAUUUAUUCGAGCUUGUUCGAGCUGAGAAACUCGAGGAGUUGAACCGUGUUGCUGGUGUGGUUUCUAGGUUGGGGAAGAAGUGUUCUGUGCCUGCUUUGCAAGGCUUUGAGCAUGUGUAUGGUGAUAUUAUUAGUGGUGUUAUAGAUGUGAAGGAAUUGGGGUUUUUAGUUAAGCAUAUGGAAGGAAUGGUGAGGAAAAUGGAUAGGUAUGUGAGUGCCACUAGGAGUUUGUAUAGUAAAAUGGGGGUGUUGAAUGAAUUGGAGCAAACAGUGAAGAAGUUUCAGGAGAAUAACCAGAAUGAGGAGAGUAGAAGGGGUUUUGAGCAGAAACUUGUAUGGCAGAAGCAAGAUGUGAGGCAGCUCAAGGAUAUUUCACUUUGGAAUCAGACUUUUGAUAAGGUUGUUGAGUUGUUGGCUAGGACAGUUUGUACCAUGUAUGCUAGAAUCUGUAUGGUCUUUGCUGAUUCUACGGCGAGUAGAACAGUUUGUGAAGGUUCACCGCUUGUGCGAAAUGAAUGUGGUUCGGCGUCUGGCUUGAUUAAUGUUGAUGUGAAUUUGGACAAGUUGAAACGCAAUCAUAGUAAGAAAAAUGGUUUUCAUUUGAAUUCAAUUGGUGGAAAUGGUAGUGGUAGUAGUAGGCCUCAUAUUGAUAUGAAGAGAGGUGAUUUAGCAUAUGUUCAACUUGAAGAUUUUGGCUUUCCUUGUGGAACAAGUCCUGGAAGACUUUUCAUGGAAUGUCUCAGUUUAAGUAGCUCAGUUUCAAAAUUUGAUGACGACGAUGUUGUUAUCGAUCGUGAGGACCAAUAUAGUUGUGUAUCAAGCUCUCAAAGUCCUAUUGGGAUUGUAAAUAUUGCCAAGAAACGGGAGCACUUGUGCGCAACCGUUGGUCCCAACAAUGGAUCAGCUGUUGUUUAUGCUCCUCCUUCUACACUUGGAGGCUGUGCUCUAGCAUUACACUAUGCCAAUAUCAUUAUUGUCAUUGAGAAAUUACUAAGCUUUCCACAUUUAAUUGGAGAGGAAGCUAGAGAUGAGCUAUAUAAGAUGCUGCCAACUAGUUUAAGGUUAUCUUUGAAGACCAAACUUAAGACCUAUGUCAAGAAUUUGGCCAUAUAUGAUGCUCCUCUUGCUCAUGACUGGAAGGCGACUCUUGACAGGAUACUUCGUUGGCUUUCUCCGCUUGCUCAUAAUAUGAUGAAAUGGCAAAGUGAGAGGAAUUUCGAGCAACGUGAAAUAGUUAGCAGGACGAAUGUGCUGUUAUUUCAGACAUUGUACUUUGCUGACAAGGUAAAGACAGAGGAAGCUAUUUGUGAACUACUUAUAGGUUUGAAUUAUAUAUGUCGUUAUGAACAGCAACAAAAUGCGUUACUCGGUUGUGCUAGCAGUUUCAAUAUUGAAGAUUGCAUGAAAUGGAAAUUGCAGUGUGGUACUUCGUUAAUCGAUUGAAUACAUUCUAGAUGUUGUAAUCCUCAGUGUGGUGAGCAUUUCCUUAAUUUAUUGUACCCUUCAAAGACAUCAUUUUGAUAUCACAUGGGAUUACUUUGUAUAUUGAGAGGAUUAAUGUUGUUGAAUAUUUGAAAAGCACAGUAGCAUUUAAUUGCAAUUUGACUUACAAAGUUUA